CUAUCCUAACCAAACCUUAACAAUCUCGCGAGAGUUCCCCCAGUUUGCUGGCUCCCUUCUUGCCACCACAGUGGAGGUUUGUUUACACUUGUUGCAAUGGCGACCAUCACUGAACUGAAGUGUGCCGUGAGGGACACCCUGGAGACCCGUGGUGUGCUGGGCCAGCUGAAGGCUCGGAUCCGGGCGGAGGUCUUCAGCGCCCUGGAUGACCAGCGGGAACCUCGUCCUCCGCUGUCCCACGAAAACCUGCUCAUCAACGAGCUCAUCCGGGAGUACCUCCAGUUCAACAAGUACAAACACACUGCGUCCGUCCUGACAGCAGAGUCAGGCCAACCUGAAGUUCCUUUGGACAGACAGUUCCUGGCGAAUGAGAUGAAAGUCACAGAGGAUACAAGCUCCAAGUCUGUACCUCUUCUCUAUGGUUUGGUGUCCCACUUCGUGAACAGCAGUGAUAGUGCUGGAAAGGUGUUUUUGCGGGGAGCCUCUCUGCCAGCUGGUACUGCUGCCAGCAACACUGGACCUGGACCUAAUGCCUAAACUGGACCUGUGCCUAGUACUGGCACAGGAUGGACUAAAGAGAUGCAUUUACACACUUUUUUUAGGGGGCAGGGGGUUUAAGUGACACAAUCGUCUGUGCAUAGUUUUUUUACUACAGGCAUUACAGCAUGGACUAUAUGAAUUGUGAUGAUAAAAAUGCACACAUCCUUUGUAUUGUUUUAUACUGUAAGUUUCCCAUGAUCCCACAUUGCCUUUUUUUUAGGUUUGAAUAUCUGGCUUUAGGUUUAGCAUCAGUCAUGGUGGUACUACCGAUACUUGCAUUAAUCCGCAUUGCUCGCUUUCUCAAUAAUUCAGGCAAAAAGUUGAGAUGAUGUCUUUUCUAUUUUAAUUUACAAUUGUUUGAUACUUUUAUAUUGUCUCUUAGUUGCUCAAAAAUAAAUGUUUUAUAUUUAUUAAUUUCACUGACUCAAAAACAUUUGUGGAAGUGCUAUUUUAUUGGCUACCACAUGGUGGCAGCCUUCACCAAAGACAAGGCUGAAGUUGCUGGUACCCGUUGAAGCCUCAUAGCUACUAUUUGCUCAUCUCUAACAUGUGGCAUUUGCGUACAAACAGGGUACUCUAAUUGCAUUAAUAUGGUCAGAUGAUCUUGCUACAUGUAUGGAUUUAACUCCUUAUUUUAAACUUUUGUGAACUAAAAAGGGUAUUGUAUUUUAAUUAGAAAAGUUGGUUCUUUUGAGCAUUUGCUUUAUGCAAUACAAUUCAUCACAGUACAGUUUAAAUAGUGCUGAGUAACCCACCCUUGAAAGGUCUCUAUAUUCAGAUCCAGUUACUUUCCCGUGAUUGUUUUAACAUGUUGGCACUCAUUGUGUUGGUCUGUGCAGCCAAACCCACCCAUGUUGUCCCUUGUUUCACCCUUGUUUGUCUGUAAUAGUCAGUUACCUCAUGAUUAUUAAGAUGAUUUUAUCUUGGACUCACAUAGCUGAUAAUCCACAUGGUUGUGCUGAGUAGAAUGUGGCUACGCUCCUGCCUGUUCAUGUCUUGUCUGUGUUGUCUGCAGCUUAGAAACCAGGGCUGUGAAUUCCUUACGACCUGAUGAUACAUCAACAAAAAAAAAAGGAUUGAUACAUAUGCAAUAAAGAAACAAGACAUACAAAGGACACCCACCAUGCAGACGUGGACAAAAUUGUUGGCACCCUUCCGUUAAAGAAAGAAAAACCCACAAUGGUCACUGAAAUAACUUGAAACUGACAAAAGUAAUAAUAAAUAAAAAUUUACUGAAAAU